UAAAUAAAAAGACUAUCCACCCAUUUCCAGAGCGGAUAAAUACAGCCUAGACAUAGCCUACUACAACACGCAGCCUCAGCCAGCCAGACGUAUCCUAGUCCUAAACGUUAAUACCGUAGGUAAUUCCACUCUUCGCUGCAUGUGGAGUGUGAGUGUGGACAGCUAGAAAUAUGUUGACUGAGUCACUGCUGCCACAUUCCAGGAGAGGAGGACUGCCCGGGCUGCCUCUCUUCUGAUAAGCAUCCUAUGGUCUUCUGUACAAGUCAAGAUGGCGGUGUCGGCAACGGAAAAGGACGCAAUAAAUACUGAAGAUGACCAUCACAACGAUUCGUUCGGGAACCCCGGGCUUAUAUCACCGGAUAGGGAGGACAUUGCACGGCUUCUGAAGGUGCCAUUCAGCGGCCGCAUCAGAGGUGGUAUGAGGCCGGGGAAGAAGGUCAUUGUCAUGGGCAUUGUUGAUCUGGAGCCGGACAGCUUUGACGUCAGCCUGACUUGCGGCCGCGGCACAGAGAAGGAGGAACCACAGCCGGAUGUGGCCCUGAAACUCAGCGCUCGAUUCGCCGAGCGGCAGUUUCUGCGUAACUCCCGCGUCUCGGGAAAAUGGAGCGAGGAGGAGAAGUCUAUCGACUACUUCCCCUUCAUCCCUGACCAGCCCUUCAGGAUCGAGAUCCACUGCGAGCACACGCGCUUCCGGAUAUUUGUGGAUGGAAACCCGCUCUUUGACUUUUUUCACAAAGUGAAAUCUUUGCCGUCCAUCGAUACAGUGAGGAUAGAAGGGGGUCUACAGAUCACCAAGCUAGGCUAACCAACCCAGCUGCCAUGCCUGUGUGUGACACAACAAGAACUCAAUACAGGUGAACACACACACACCUGUUACUACAAUACCCACAAUGCAACACUGCAGCGCCUAGCGCUUUGGAAAGGCCUCGCCAUCCCGGUUUGGUUCUGCCAUCACUCCUCUUCUUCUUCUUUCCCUUUUAUCUUGUCAUGUCUCUACCAAGAUCUGACGUUAUUGUGACCUUCCUAAUUGUUGGUUGAAUGGUUGCAAUGCAACGCAGCUCUGCGUGUCUUUGUUCUGAAAGAAUUCCUUUGUUUUCUUCCUCAGUUCUGUGUGUGUCAGGGAUCUCACAAUAUAAACGCCUGCUCAUGGUUACCAAGCAUCCUAUGGGGAUUUUGCUGAGAGAGGGAGCCCUAUUCCAAAUGUAAUAGUGCACUGCUUUUGGGGCACUAUUGGGCACUAGAGUGCUAUUUGGGACACAACCGUAGAGCACCAAGAAGUAUUUGCUUUCAUGUGGAGAAAUCCUACAAUUCUCAGGAGGUUUCUCAGGAAUCAACACCAUUUAUCACCUAAAUGAGGGUUAUUUCGUGGGGUUGACAAGCUCAAUAUUAUGGGAGCUUCCAUUUUUGCACUCCCUUCCUGUUCUUGAAUUGGGUUUUAUUGGUUGGUUGGUUGUCAUGGUUAUUGGCAUCCUAACUCAAUGACCUACAUACAGAGGUGCAUUCUAAAUAGCAUUUUAUUCCCUAUAUAGUGCGCUACUUUGAUCAGGGCCCAUUGGGCUCUGGCCAAAAGUAGUGCACUACGUAGGGAAUAGGGUGCCAUUUGGAAAGGGAAAUGCGGAAUAUAUUGUGGAGUCUCAGCAAGAUGUACCGUAGCAGCUUUUUGAUUGAAAUGUCUUGUAACUGUAUGCAGUGUAUUAAUGGUGGUUCUUACUCACAAUUUCAGUUCAUUGCAACCAUUCUCCUCCUGUAGAUAUAGAUAUUGCACUGACAUAGAGCUACAUGGUAGUGAAUAGAAUGUAUAGUUCAUUUGGAGCUUCGUUUACAUUGCUUAUUUAAGAGUGAUGAACGAUUGGUUCAUUUAAAGGGGUAGUUCACCACAAAAUCCAAUUUUAUCAGAUGUGUUUUAUACCUCAACUGUUCUGUGUCGAGCUAAUAAACUGGAAUUAGAGGUGCCAAUCUUUCCUAUUCAUUUGGGUUCUAGAUGAGAUCAGUAGGUUUCUCUGAAGACUCACAGCAGUCUAGACAACACAACACGUGGUGUGGAAUAUGGACUCAGAUGGUCUUUCUAGACUUGAAAACAUCCUAGCAAAUUUUAUCUUGGAGUGAACUAUCCCUUUAAGGAGUUUGAUUAACUGGACUCUGACUUGUAAAUGAAGAAAAACCCCAGAGUGAAAACACACCCAGCGAUGGCCUGCACUUAGCCUAAACAACCAUUCCACUCAAACCUCGCUGUCACAGACCAGAUUAUUACUGUAUAUGCAAAUGGUGGAUUCUCUUCCACACUUGAGCAUUUUUUAAACCAGGGUCGUAUUCAUUAGUGCACACCGAAGUGAAAUGUUUUGCCCAAAAUAAAAAACAGUUGACCCGAAACUGUAAUCGGUACUUUUGGAAGUUUAGACUGUUCCGUUAGCUAGCGAUUAGCGGUUGACUGUUGUGAAGAAUCUGUUAUGAAUGUACAGCAGCCAUGUUUUUCUAUGGUAGCAUACCCACUGGGAACAGACGUCAGUUCAACGUCUAGUUUUCAUUUCAAUUUGGUUGAGUUGUCAACUAACGUGAAAUCAACAGAGUUUCACCAUGUCAUUGGAUUUAGGUUAAACGUUGGGUGAAAAAAAGGUCCUUAUGUUGAUGACUUUUUGCAAAUCCAAUCAGUUUUCCACAUUGAUUCAAUGUCAUCACAAAUACUUUUUGGGUUGUUGAAAUGACGUGGAAACAACGUUGAUUCAACCAAUUUCCGCAUCUGAAAUGGCACCUUACACUUCUAGAAAAAAAAGGUGCUAUCUACCUGGAACCAAAAAGGGUGUUACCUGGAACCAGAAUGUUCUCCUAUGGGGACAGCAGAAGAGCCCUUUUGGAACGCUUUUUUCUAAGAGUGUAUUACCUAUUUAGUGCACUACUUUGGAUCAGUGCCCACCACUUCAUCAACACACAGAGAUGCUACUGUUCACCAAUAACUGUCAUAUGACUCAGUGGUUUAGUGGAGGGUAAAUUCACGUGAUCGCAGCUCACACACCUUUUGUAUUCUGCGUAAGCAUUUACCCACCUAUUGCAGAAUAAUGCUUUGAAAAUAUAUAGAGUGUUACUUUACUCACCACAAACAGGGAUCAGAGUUUACCUACCUAUUGUUAUUUACCACGACAUCACUGAUAUGCCUCUAACAACACACUGCCCCAUGUCUAUGGCCCAAUGCAUCUUUCUCUCUCGCUGGACUCACUGCAUCUCUCUCUAUCUCUCGCUCUCUCGAAACCGAGCCAGGAGAGCAAGAAUGGGGCACACGGACAUCACAUGGUGCCUAGGGGAGCUAUUGUGCUCCAUCAAAGCUCUCUAUUGUCUCUUACUGGGCUUAGUUGUUGGAUCUCUCCUCCUCUAUAUUGUCUCUUUCUGGGCUUAGUUGUUGGAUCUCUCCUCCUCUAUAUUGUCUCUUACUGGGCUUAGUUGUUGGAUCUCUCCUCUCUGUGGGCUUAGUUGUUGGAUCUCUCCUCUCUGUGGGCUUAGUUGUUGGAUCUCUCCUCUCUGUGGGCUUAGUUGUUGGAUCUCUCCUCUCUGUGGGCUUAGUUGUUGGAUCUCUCUUGUCUCUUACUGGGCUUAGUUGUUGGAUCUCUCCUCUAUAUUGUCUCUUACUGGGCUUAGUUGUUGGAUCUCUCCUUCUCUCUAUUGUCUCUUACUGGGCUUAGUUGUUGGAUCUCUCCUUCUCUCUGUCUCUUACUGGGCUUAGUUGUUGGAUCUCUCCUCUAUAUUGUCUCUUACUGGGCUUAGUUGUUGGAUCUCUCCUCUAUAUUGUCUCUUACUGGGCUUAGUUGUUGGAUCUCUCCUCUAUAUUGUCUCUUACUGGGCUUAGUUGUUGGAUCUCUCCUCUAUAUUGUCUCUUACUGGGCUUAGUUGUUGGAUCUCUCCUUCUCUCUAUUGUCUCUUACUGGGCUUAGUUGUUGGAUCUCUCCUUCUCUCUAUUGUCUCUUACUGGGCUUAGUUGUUGGAUCUCUCCUUCUCUCUGUCUCUUACUGGGCUUAGUUGUUGGAUCUCUCCUUCUCUAUAUUUUCUCUUUCUGGGCUUAGUUGUUGGAUCUCUCCUCUAUAUUGUCUCUUACUGGGCUUAGUUGUUGGAUCUCUCCUUCUCUAUAUUGUCUCUUACUGGGCUUAGUUGUUGGAUCUCUACUUCUCUAUAUCGUCUCUUACUGGGCUUAGUUGUUGGAUCUCUCCUUCUCUAUAUUUUCUCUUUCUGGGCUUAGUUCUUGGAUCUCUCCUCCAUAUUGUCUCUUGCUGGGCUUAGUUGUUGGAUCUCUCCUUCUCUAUAUCGUCUCUUACUGGGCUUAGUUGUUGGAUCUCUCCUUCUCUAUAUUGUCUCUUACUGGGCUUAGUUGUUGGAUCUCUCCUUCUCUCUGUCUCUUACUGGGCUUAGUUGUUGGAUCUCUCCUCUAUAUUGUCUCUUACUGGACUUAGUUGUGGGAUCUCUCCUUCUCUAUAUCGUCUCUUACUGGGCUUAGUUGUUGGAAGGAGCGCUCAUUCUUCAGUUGCCCCUACAUAAUGCACAACUUUGACCCUAACUUUAACCCUAACCCAAGACACGUUUGACCCUAAGUGCACUACUUUUGACCAGGGCCCAAUGUAUGGAAUAGGGUGCCAUUUGGGAUGCGUAUUUCCUGUUGGAAGCGAGUCAGCUCUGAGUUGUAGAUGAGUAGGGAGGGACUUUGGAUUAAAGGUGCUACACAGGAUUUUUUAAAUGGCAUUAUAAUAGUGGAAUGAUAGUGUUUCACAGUAUUACUUACCUGCUAUGAUAUUUGCCUAUUGAUUUCUCCCAUUGGACAGGCAUCUGUUGUCAAAAUGGGAAAGCUGUUUUGACUUUGUGGCUGUGUUAUCUUUUUAAAAUCUGGUCAAGUGGCCAAUGUAGAAAUCGCUCUGUAAUUUCUUGAUUAAAAAAAUUCUACACUGUUCGCUCAAUUUCAGUUUAUGUGAGAAAACAAGCACUGAAUAGUGUAGGGCAGGGGGAUUCACCUCUGACCCUACGAGGUCCGGAGCCUGCUGGUUGUCUGUUCUACCUGAUCAUUAAUAUCACCCACCUGGUGUCCCAACAAAAAGCAGUGGAACUGGCUUGGAGGUCCAGUGUUGAGUUUGAGGGGUGUAGCUAAACAUAUGUUCAAUAAUAAAACAUAUAUCGUUUUUCCAGCUGUUUGAAGCUGCUGGACCAAAACAGAAAGUAAAAGGCUCAGUUGUGAGUCUCCUCCAUGUUACGGGAAAUGGGAUUCUGGGGAUGUAGCACCUUUAAGUCAUGAUAACUUUGAAGGUUGAGGGGUUGGUUGUUUGGUGUUUAUUUUCUUUGCUGUACAGUGCUUCAAAUGGUCCCUUCCUUGGUUUACCCCUGUAAGAUGCUUCAAAUGGUCCCUUCCUUGGUUUACCCCUGUAAGAUGCUUCAAAUGGUCCCUUCCUUGGUUUACCCCUGUAAGAUGCUUCAAAUGGUCCCUUCCUUGGUUUACCCCUGUAAGAUGCUUCAAAUGGUCCCUUCCUUGGUUUACCCCUGUAAGAUGCUUCAAAUGGUCCCUUCCUUGGUUUACCCCUGUAAGAUGCUUCAAAUGGUCCCUUCCUUGGUUUACCCCUGUAAGAUGCUUCAAAUGGUCCCUUCCUUGGUUUACCCCUGUAAGAUGCUUCAAAUGGUCCCUUCCUUGGUUUACCCCUGUAAGAUGCUUCAAAUGGUCCCUUCCUUGGUUUACCCCUGUAAGAUGCUUCAAAUGGUCCCUUCCUUGGUUUACCCCUGUAAGAUGCUUCAAAUGGUCCCUUCCUUGGUUUACCCCUGUAAGAUGCUUCAAAUGGACCCUUCCUUGGUUUACCCCUGUAAGAUGCUUCAAAUGGUCCCUUCCUUGGUUUACCCCUGUAAGAUGCUUCAAAUGGACCCUUCCUUGGUUUAACCCUGUAAGAUGCUUCAAAUGGUCCCUUCCUUGGUUUACCCCUGUAAGAUGCUUCAAAUGGACCCUUCCUUGGUUUACCCCUGUAAGAUGCUUCAAAUGGACCCUUCCUUGGUUUACCCCUGUAAGAUGCUUCAAAUGGACCCUUCCUUGGUUUACCCCUGUAAGAUGCUUCAAAUGGACCCUUCCUUGGUUUAACCCUGUAAGAUGCUUCAAAUGGACCCUUCCUUGGUUUUGCCCAGAUAGGCCACUGCACUGACUGAACCCUGUAGAGUGCAUCACAUUCCGCAUGGGGGGAUAGUGAAUGGUUGGUAAUGAAUAUGUGUGUGUGUGUGUGCUAUAUCAGACGUUCAGUCUCUGAACAUCAUUACAGUAGGCAAUCCAUGACAAUAUUCUGUGGGAUGUUCAGUAGGCUACAUAUCCACAGGUCUUUUCUGUAAGAGAGCAAUAACAUCCUCCUCUCUGUCUUUUUCUCCUGGAUGGUCACACAGGGUUUUCCUGAGGUACUAACAUAGAGAACUCUUUUUUUGCAUGACGGGCACUCAUUUCCGUAAGGAAACUACAGUAGGCUAUUAGGAAGGCAAUACGGAGGACAGAGAGAGAGAGAGAGUUUCUAUGAACCAGCCCAAUGCACUGACCUCAACAGUAUUGUAUCCUUAAUGUUGUAUUAGGCUGAGUCUGGGUGUGUUUCGGGUGGCUGAUUUCAUUGUCGGUGCUGAUCUGGCUGUAGCGAGUGGAAACUAUCCCUCGUGAAACCACAACUUCUGGCUGUAGUGAGUUGGAAACUAUCCCUCGUGAAACUACUUCAUUUUAAAUACAAACAAAUAUCCAGUUGCCCCAUGGGAAAAUAAGUAGACCUAUAUAAUUCACAUUGGAACUCCUUAAGAGACCUAACUUAAUAACCUAAUAAUACAUCUAUGUAUAAAAGUCCAAAUUGUGGUUAAAACCAAGAGGCAGAAUAAAAGACGUGUUCUAGUGCUUAAUAAUGUCAUACAUGUCACUCUAGCAUCUCACCUGUGGUUCAGCCUGUUACAUGUCACUCUAGCAUCUCUCCUGUGGUUCAGCCUGUUACAUGUCACUCUAGCAUCUCGCCUGUGGUUCAGCCUGUCAGUUGUGGUCCAGGGGUCAACUUGAGAGGUCACUCACUCCCAUGGCGCUGUAUAUCCAGGAAGAACGUGGGGAGGGAGAUAACACAAAGACUUCCUGAUUCACAACGUGGGGCGGGGGCUUAUUCCGGAGGGGCACAACAACGUUAACAUAGAAAUACAUUGUGUAUAACAGUCAUGUCUGUCUGUAAUGUGAAAUAGGAAAUGGUAACCUGUCAUUACUUCAUAUCUCUAUCUGCAACAGCCUAGUAAAUGGUGCAUCCUACUGACUAAGCCCCUAGAAAGGCUUGUUUUGUGACUCUGUCUCAUGAUCCUAACUCCUCUACUGGCAUUCAACUGGCAUUCAAGCAAACAUGCAGUACAGAAAAUGUUACAUUGGUCUUUUGCCAUAAACUGCAUAAAUACUGAUUAAUCAGUCAAUGCUAAUUGGAAGAAAUCAGGGUUGGACUUGAUUGAAAUGAGUUACUGUGAUUUGAAUGAGAUGGUGUAUUGCUGGAACACAGGAGCUACUAGGAGUUUUCCACAAUGUGAAAUACCUGCAGUGUUUGUUUGAACUCAGCCCUUGGGUCUACAGCUGCAGCCUGCCACAACACAAAUACCAUUCAACCCACUCUGACCUACACUGGCCUCAGAAAAACAGCAGAAAAACAUGGAAGACUUUUGGUUUGAACUGAAUGUCAUUGCUCCCUGAUUAUAAUCUGAUGUUAACAUGCCUUCGGACUUUGUACAUAUUUUGAACAUGGCCUUGUUGGUUUGGUUUUUACAUGAGAAAAUGUGUCUAUGUGCUUUAUAGGCAAAACGUUUCGGUACGCUUGUGUUGUUGACAGACCUGGGUUGAAAUACUAUUUGAUAUCAUUUCAAAUACUUUAUCUUGGCUCGACUGGCACAAUGGAACCAAUAGAAUAGUCACAAGGACUGCAAGCCCCGCCCAUCAGGCACUCCAGGCAGACUAGACUAGAGCAAACUCUGAACGUUUUUGAAAGAUUUCAAGUAGUAAUUGAACCCCGGUCUGGUUGUUGAAAACAAGUACUAUGUGAGCAUAUUGUAUAUCUGAGAAGCCAAGAUUAUAGGUUUUCCUAGUUUUUGUUUUUAAACUUGUCAAAAUAUGUGAUGUCUUUUUGUUCUUUCUACCAGCUGUGUUAUAACCUAGUGAAGCAUUACACUGCUGUUGGAAGGAAAAGGCCCAAGUCAAUGGUUAUGUACCAAAUGGUACCCUAUUCCUUACAAGUGACACUUCUUUUGACCAGAGAUCUAUGGGCCCUGAUUUCAAAGUAGUGCACUACGGUACAUAGGGAAUAGGGUGCCAUUUGGGAUGCAGUAAUUAUUAUAGCUUUUUUGGAAAAGCAAACUGUAGUUAUUAUGGAGUGUCCUAUGUAGGUUAGGUUGUGUUGCUGUGUGUGUACAAUCGGGCUUCCCUUUUCAUUUAUAAAGAGUCAAGAACAAGGUUAUUUUCUUUUUUAAACAGUGCCUAUUAAAUACUAAAAGAUGAACGCUUUUGAAUUACAAGACAUCUAUAAAGUUAACUCUGACCAAGUUGUUCUCUCACCAAUUAACAUCAGAUGAGGAUUUAGGAUGAGAAGUUUAUUGUUUAUUAUGAAGUGUAAAAGAAGCCUGUCUGCUACAAUAUGUAAAGGGUUGUUUCUGUCUGAUGUAGAGAGUGUUGUCUGACUGACUGACUCAGGAAAGAAGAUCCCUGGUUAACAGGUUCAUUCUCUAUUCUGGGUUUUCAACAGAGGAUCCUGCAUAUAACCAGUCCCACAGGAGCAAUACAACUCUGUCUGUGUCCCAAAGGGCAAUCUAUUCCUUUAUAUAGAGCACUACUUUCAACUGGUCAAAUGUAGGGAACUGUCGGGAAUAGUGUGUUAUUUGGGACACGCAGACUUAUUAUACACUAUUUCCUAACUGAAUGAAACCAAAUUGAGUCAUUCAUGGAGAAUUUUAACAUUUUGCAUUAGAGCAUGUUUUGUUUGUGUGCAUUAAAGGAGUAAUUCCACUAGUUGUGCUCUCUUCCUCUUCAAAUGUUUUCUUUUCCCAUGCUUUUGUUAAAACAACUACUUUGUAGACCAAUAAACGUGUCAUCUUGGAAUGUG